AUGGGAACACUGUCCAAGGUGGUGGUGGCCGCAUUCACGGUGGUUCUACUCCUUCUCCACGGCGGACUUACGACGGCGACAUGGUGUGUCGCCAGAAGUGACGCCACCCAAGAAGCUUUACAGAUCGCACUCGACUACGCUUGCAGCGCCGGAGCCGAUUGUGCGCCAUUGCAGCUAUCUGGUCUCUGUUUUCUUCCGAAUACCAUUCAAGCUCACGCUUCCUACGCUUUCAAUAGUUAUUAUAUGCGUAAAUCAAUGGCUCCCGGAUCUUGUGACUUUUCCGGCACCGCCACCGUUGCUAAAACUGAUCCCAGUUAUGGAUCUUGCGUUUAUCCACCGUCGCCGAGUACUGCAGGUGGGACGACACCUAUUACGACUCCGGUUUCCGGCACUGUUCCGCCACCGCCAUUUGGAGGUGGGUUAACUCCGAUCGGCAAUGGUAUGGUACCCACAUUAUCGAGCCCACCGAUUUCUAAAGCUUUCCGGGAAUACUCUGUUUCAAGAAUCACGGUGGUGGUGUUGAUCUUUCAAUCGAUACAGAUUUUGUCUGCAUAAAUUGGUUAAAUUUAGAGACGUAGAUG